UACUGGCGAUAAAAAUGUCGUCGUUUGUAUAAUAUAGUAAUGAAAGAAGAGGAAGCAGAGGAGGAAUGUGUGGUGGUUCCUUUUCGGGGUUGCGUGGUCGUUUCGGUGCGAGGGCAUGUCGUGUGACAGCUGUGAGAUAUGGUAUGGCGGUGUGUAUCUGUCGAGUAUGAGUAGUGAUUGGCAAUAUUGUUGAAUCGGAGUGAUCGGAGUAAUGGUAGGCCGCUGCGGCCGUAGGUAGGCUUGCUAGCGUUGGACGAUCCUUCCUAGAAGGACAGUCUAGGCGGUGAAGUGCGGCGGAGAUUGCCGUAUCCAUAUGUAUGCAACUUGGGUGGGCAAAGCGAGCGGAGACCGCGGCAUUCUGUGGGUUCGUGGCCGAAUUCAGCGCCAGCUGCGCUCCCUGGGCCGCAUCCUCGAUACGCACGCCGGCAAGUUCCUCUUCGUGAGCGUGCUGGCGAUCGCCACCUUCUCCGUGGGCCUGAAGAGCAUGGCCUUCCACUCGGACAUCGAGCUGCUGUGGGCCGAGCCCUCCACGGGCGCCGAGGCGACGCCGCAGGAGAUGCUCUCCACGCACCAGAUGAUCGUGCAGACGGCCGUCGAGCCCGACAUCGACCUCCUGCAUCCGCACGGCCUCCUGGAGCACCUCGCGCUCCUCCAGAAGGCCACGCAGGUCACCAUCACGAUGUUCGACAUCACCUGGCGCCUCAAGGACUUCUGCCAAGCACCCAGCAUUCCCAAUUUUGAUGCGCACUUUAUUGAACAGAUUUUCGAAAAUAUGAUGCCCUGCUCCAUCAUCACGGCGCUCGACUGCUUCUGGGAAGGCUCCAAAUUGCUCGGACCUGAUUAUCCUGUCCAUAUACCAUAUGGAAUAGGCAAGCAUAUAAAAUGGACAAACCUCAACCCCAGUCAGUUAGUAUCCGAGUUAAAGCAAAAAGAAUCCCAGUUUGAUUAUCAUUCUUUAGAGGAUUAUUUCAAGCGUGCUGGAAUAACCUCUGGAUAUCAGGAAAAGCCGUGUUUGAACCCCCGCGACCCGGAAUGUCCAGUGACGGCUCCAAAUUACAAUUCGAGUCAAAAUUUAGAUAUUGGUGCUGAACUAACCAGUGGUUGUUACGGUUUCGCCGCGAAAUACAUGCACUGGCCGGAAGACUUGAUCGUUGGCGGUGCCAAUAAGAAUAAAUCUGGUCAUAUUAAACAAGCCAAAGCUUUACAAACUGUUGUACAAUUAAUGGGCGAACACGAACUGUUCGAAUUCUGGUCUGGACAUUACAAAGUGCACCACAUCGGAUGGAACCAGGAGAAGGCCACAACCGUACUGAACGCCUGGCAGAAGAAGUUCGCACAGGAGGUGGAUCGUCUGACGAAGAGCAAGAAGUCGUCGAAUUACAUCUUCGUGACGUUCUCCACCGCCAAUUUGAACAAGAUGUUGAAGGAGGCGUCGAAGACGGACGUGGUGAAGCUGGGGGUGGUGCUGGGGGUGGCGGCGGUGUACGGGUGGGUGGCCCAGUCGGGGCUGGCUGCCUUGGGAGUGCUGGUCUUGGCGAGCUCAGCCGCCGCCGCGCUGGGCGUUUGCAGUUUGAUCGGACUGCCGAUAAACCUACUGAGCACGCAUGUGUUACCUUUUGUUACUGUUGGACUCGCAAUGAGAGAAAUGUUCCUUAUUUUGUCGACGCAUAUGAGGAAUCUGUCGCCACCGGAAGUGCUACAAAGGACGGGUCCUAGCAUUAUCUCGGCGGCGUUAGUGAAUUCCGCCGCGUUCUUAGCGGCUGCUGUACUGCCAGUGCCGGCGUUACGUGUUUUCUGUUUACAAUGUGCGGUACUUGUUAUAUUCCACGGUGCUGCAUUGCUUAUUGUGUUCCCUUCGCUCUUGGCCCUCGAGCAGCGCUGUCGAAAGACUGACGUGCCGUGCUUCCGGAACGAGACCAAGUCCAAGCCUCCCACAAACAACAACAAUGACCCGGAACAUGGUGAAAACUUGUUGACUGCGGAGGUGAUCUGUCAGCAAAAGAAAAGUCUUUUAACGUGGUUAGUGAAUCGUUACUUCACAUCAGUGCUUGUUAAACCAUUUGUGAAGGUGGUUUUGUGUUUGACGUACGCUGUGUUGAUAAUAUUUUGCGUUUUUAACGGAUUGAAGUUGGAGUUUGACGUGAGAUUAUCGACAUUUUUACCAAAGAAUACGCAGGAGUACAAAUAUUUAGAAGCUCAAAAUAAAUUCUUUGGUUUUUAUAAUUUUUAUUUAGUGACGACCGAGUUGGAGUACCCUUUAAGCCAACCGCUUCUGUAUGAAUACCACUCGUCUUUAACAAAUGUACCUCAUGUUUUGAAAGACUCGAAUGGGGGCUUGAAUAUGAACGAUUUUUGGUUAGCCAAUUUCCGGGAUUUUUUACUAGAUUUACAGCAAGAGUUUGACUUGAAUCGGAAAAACAAUUUCCUUAAUAGCGAGAAGUGGUUUCCGAAUGCGACCGAAAAGGCAGUAUUAGCGUUCAAAUUGUUAGCGCAGACUGGCAUUGUGGAGUUUCCAGUCGAUAAAAGUCAAAUUUUUAAGAAACAACUUGUCGAUAAAGGCAUUAUAGAUCCCAAAGCGUUUUAUAACUAUUUAUCAGUUUGGAAUAGUAACGAUCAAAUGUCAUAUUCAAGCUCCCAGGCGAAUCUAACACCGAAGCCUUGUCAACACUAUAGUUCUAAGGCCGAGUUCGAUUUAAAAAUUCCAAAGUCACGACCUCUUGUUUAUACUCAAAUGCCAUUCUACCUCAAGAAUUUGAAAAGUACUGGAAAAAUCAUAGAAACUCUCAAACAGAUUAAACAAAUUUCCGAAGAGUACAAUCAAAGGGGAUUAAAGAAUUAUCCCAUUGGACUUAUAUUCGCUUAUUUUAAUCAGUUCCUACUACUAGACCGCUUGUUGGCUGCCCAGCUGGUACUCACGUUACUCGCGGCCGUUCUAGUAGCGUGUGUUCUUGUACAGUGGACAAAACUUUGGUGUUCCGUAUUCAGCAUUAUAAUCUGUAUGUUGUUGAUGUGUUUGGUGAACGUAAAUGCUUUAAGUGGAACAAUAGGUGCAUUGCAUUUUAUAAUAGUGAGUCGCAAUAUCUUCCUUAUCCUAACAGGUUUCUUAAGCGCUUUAGGAAAUUGUGAACGGAGACUCAAAAUGUCGUUAGAAUUAUACGCCGAACCUAUACUCAAAGGCGAUUUUGGACUAUUUGUAUGUGUCUCAGUAUUAGUAACUUCCCAGUUCGAGUUCAUCCAAUGCCAUUUUUUCACCGCAUUGCUGGUAUCCCUGUGCAGUUCAACUAUCAAUUCUCUGGUUUUCUUCCCCAUUUUGCUACUCCUCGCCGGUCCUCGAGCCGAACUCUACCAACUAGAACACACCGACCGGAUUGCCACACCAACACCACCUCCACCUCCUCCUCCCCCUAUCCGAACCCCAACCUACUCAAAGCCCUCCCGCCGAAACACUUCCGUCAAAGCCACUCGAGAGCCCAGCCUCACCACUAUUACAGAGGAGAGUUGCAAUCAGAGUAUUAUAGUCGAGCCACAAGUCACUGUAGAAUACAGUAGUCCAGAAUCCAGUUCUAGUGGCCCUUACACAACCAAAGUAACCGCCACUGCUAAUAUUAAGGUAGAGUUAGUUGCCCCUGUAUAUAGACCUAAAUGUAGUAAGUGUCACAGAUCGAAGUGUAAGAGGCGACAGCAGUGUCGCUGUUGCAAGGACUCAGACAGUAGCGAUAGUAGUGCCGAGGCAGAACCGUGCCCCAGUAGCUAGCAUUUUGUUACCAUUUAAGGAAAUUAUGUAAAAUAUGUCUAUAUUGCAUAUAUGUAUACUUACCAUAUUCACUUAUUUAUUUAAAAAGAUGAUGUAAGAUGACUUCUAACUUUAAAUUAUACUCAAGGUAUUAUUUAUAUUACUUUUAAGUAAAGAAUAUUUUGACAAUAA